AUGCAGCACGACUCCGCCAUGCACUCCAACGACGGCUUCAAGGUCUUCUUGAACAAGAUGAUCCGCCGCAACAGAAAGGAGGCCAAGAGGAGCAUGGAGAUCUCCGCCCCCUACAACUUCCAGAAAUGCAAUCUCGAUAUCGCCGGCAUUAGCGCCGAUGAAAUCGCCCUGCUCAAGGAACAAGCAGUUGCUAGCCGUAUCGGCAUCGCCGACUUCGACUCCUCCGAGUACCCCGCCCGCCCGCUUUUCUCCAUCCAGCCAGUCGUGUCCACCGCCUCCAUCUCCACAAUCCGCAGCUCCUACAGCAGCUGA